AUGAAGGUGUUUCUGUCUCUUCUGUUGGUUGCUGUCGCUUGCAUGGAGUUUGUCCAAACCUUGCAAUGUUACAGUUGCCAUGAACCCACCGCUGCUGCUCGGUGCCUGACCAUCCAGAACUGCACGACGAAUGAAACCAUGUGCAAGACUACUAUGUAUUCCCUGGAGGAAGUUUAUCCCUUCGUGGGAGUCUCGACUGUCACCAAGAUGUGCGCUUCUGUCUGCAUCCCAUCUGAUGUGGAUGGGAUUGGCAUGACGCGCCCUGUCUCCUGCUGUUACUCUGAAUUGUGCAACACUGAUGGUGCAGCUAGUUUGAGGAUCAGCUUCAUGCUAGUUGGGAUGCUAGCAAGUUCCCUUUGUGCCCUCUUCUGGACUAGACUGUGA